UUCACAUAAUUUUGCUGACGUUGGCGCGAAGGAUCUAUAACACUAACGGUUCGCUAAAAAAGGGUUUCACAUGUUUUCAUUCACUCCGUCGAAGAACGAGCACUGAAACUCCGAGUGGGACAUUAUCAUGCAGUUGACCUUCGGUGUUUUGGUGACUUCAUUCCUCGUUACCCUAUUACACCCUUCUUUAAGGACAGUGGUGGGAGGCUCUCUGAAACUGAAACUGUGUUUGCCGUGCAUAGGAGAGGAGUGCAACCUGUUGCCUGAGGAGGAAUGCCUUUACGGAUUGGUCAAAAAUCAUUGCGGUUACUGGGAGUGUGGCAAGGGCCCUGGACAAAUCUGUGGCGGACCCUCAAAGAUUUUCGGUGAGUGCGGGGAUGGAAUGCACUGCAAAUGUGACCGCUGCGUUGGAUGUUCCUCGAAAACAUUAGACUGUGACCUCAACACGUCGAUCUGUUAACGCUGCUCAAAAUUUGAACCUUAUUUCCACCAUGACCGACAUGAUUUUUUUGCCAAAAUUUCAACGAAACUAGUCAUUAAAAUAUCUCUCAUUGGAUCUAAAACAGUUACAGAUGCAUAUUGAAUAAAGAAAAAAAAACAGUUCCUCUGACCCGCGGAAAUCACAUGAAUUCUGCGUUCGUGGAAACCGUGCCACAAUACGGACGUAUUCCUUCUUAAAUACACAAAUGCUAUGUCAUGUAGCGUCAGCAGGUGGGAAAAUGCUAGUUUUACAUCUGGAAUAUAACUGUUGUUAAGAUUUGUUUUCCUACUGUUUCUCCUUCCUUGAACAUAUGCCAUUAUUCUCUCUCUCUCAUUCUCUCAAAGAACUGGAUAUUCCAGUACCCAGGACACACAAACUCUAUUACAUCUUCAAUCCCUGCUGAUGAUUCAAAAAGCUUUCUCGCUCAAAUUUAGAAAAGCAUUCCAAAAAUUGACAUUUGACCUCGUUUUUUUUUUUUUUUUUUUUUUUUUUUGUAGAAAGCUGUAUUUUUUCAAAAACUUUCUGCGACAUUUACUCCGUUUAUUUUGCAAUGUCCUCCUAUUAUAAAACGCUCUUUUUAUUUUUUUAUAGCUUAUCUGGGCCAUAACACAAAAUUGCCCAUUUUAGAAUUAACAUUCAGUGGGCAUUAACGGUCCUUUUAGUCCAGUGACCUUUUUAAGUAUUUUCCGAGCACCUCAGUUCUACAAUAAAUGGAUUACAUUUUGCAAUAAAGAACCACUAUUUUCGGCUCAUUUUAAAAACAACAUAUAUGCUAUUGGUUUCCCUACGCAGAUAUGUGAUUUUAAAGGGGAGCCAGAUAUAGUGGUUCCUUAUUGCAAAAUGUAAUCCAAGUACAGCAUCGAUACCGACACGAAUAUGCCGCACAGUGGAUCGAGUCAAUGGGAGAGAUCAGACAAAAUUUGGAAAUUUUGAAAGCUUAUAUUGUUGGAAAUAUGAAACAAAAAAGUUUAAGUGUGGUUUCAUUGGCUUUUUCGUAAAAUUUCCUUCAGAAACACCCCUUGAAAUUGAAUGCUUGACGGAAUCAAAAAAGAAAAAAAAUUGAAAUUUUAGUAAGUCCGAUCGCUCAGACUGACUCGAUCCACUGUAUGCCGGGUCUCCUCAGAAUACGAUAUUGCAGAGUUGAGAUAAUAAUGUCGACUUAAGAUAACCAAAUGAUUACUGGUGUCCUCCUAUAAAGAAAUAUUUUGCCACGCUAUUGUAAAAAUAUCACACACUUGAGUAAAUAAUCCGCUUUUCAUAAUGCAUCCAUAUUUGAAACACUUCUUUUUCGUGUUAAGAAAAUAAAUUAGAGAAGAAAAAAGAUGGAGGAGGAAAAAUAUGUAAUGUUUUAAGCAAAAUUAGUUUUAGUUGAGAUACUUAUGUACGGAUUUUUCAAAAUACACUAUUUUUAACAGAUAUAA